AAGUAGAUUCAAGUUCUCACACAAUACAACAUCCAGGAGACAAGGAUCUAAUCUGCUUCCCGUGCUUGAAUGGGCUGGUUCGGGUUUCACGAAGAAAAAAACUCGAGUCUUUUGCAAGCUUUUUCAAGUUUGAAGAAAAACCCAAUAGCAUUCGCAACUUCUUCUUCUCCUUAUUGUUCCACGGUUCUAGAGCGGGAAAAGAAAGUAAGAGAAAACAACCAUACAAAAUUGUCGUCGUUGCUGUUGAACACACAAUUUUUGUCGCCCUUUCUCAUUAAUUUUUUUGGUUCGAGACAGCUCCCGAUUUUCGUUGCCUUUCCAAACAAAAGCUCAAUCGAUCGUUCUAUCAAUUUCGACAAACGAGCAACCGCUACCUUCCUACCUGCCUAGCCCUUGCUGAUAAUUUUCGAAGUCCGUCAAGUGCAUUGGACCAAGUAAUUUUCUCUCAAAAGACAAAAAACUCUACCAUGGUAACUAACUCCUCCGCAGCGUUGUCAGCUGCCCUCGCCACCGUCCUCGCAGUGACGAUGGUCGACGCGUUUGUCGUUCCUCGUCAAGACGCAUCAAAGUAUCUGGUCGAUACCGCCCUCGAUGCCAAGAAAAAAGUUGUUGUGAUCGGAAACGGGAUGGUUGGACAACGCUUUAUGGAAAAUCUUUUGGAGGAUGCCGAUCCAGAAGAGAUUCAGCUCGCAACGUUUUGCGAAGAACCCCGAGCUGCCUACAAUCGGGUUCGUCUGACGAGUUAUUUCGAAACUCGAGAUCCCUCUGCUCUCUCCAUGACGUCAGACUUUGACGAAAACGGAGCCACCUCAUGGUACGAAGAAAACGACGUCGAGCUCUACAUCGGCGACAAGGCGGUGGCCAUCGACGUGGAUGCCAAGACCGUCACCGGACAAUCCGGCAAGACCAUCGAAUACGACGCCUGCGUUCUAGCCACGGGCAGUUUCCCCUUUGUACCACCCAUUCCUGGAAAACAACGCCCKGGUGUCUUUGUCUACAGAACCAUCGAAGAUUUGGAGGCCAUGCUGGCCUACGCCAAGGACAAUGGCGUUACUUCCGCCGCCGUCAUUGGAGGUGGAUUGCUGGGACUCGAAGCCGCAAAGGCGGUCAAAGACAUGGGUGUGACAUCGCAUAUUAUCGAAUUUGCAGACAUUUUAAUGUGCCGACAAAUCGACGAGGGUGGCCACAACGCUUUGGUGGGAAAGAUCGAAUCCAUGGGACUCGAGGUCCACUGCGGGGCCCGAACCGAAGCCUUUGUGGGAGAAGACGGAACCACCGACAUGGAUUCCAUGUCCCCCGUCUCUGCCUUGAGAUUCAGCAACGAGGGAUGGGACGAUUUGCCCGUGCAGAUGGUCGUCGUCUCGGCUGGAAUCAAGCCCCGUGACGAGCUGGCACGAAGCCAGUGCACCCCCGAGGGCGGCAUCGCCCUGGGAGAACGAGGUGGAAUUACGGUCGACAGCCAGAUGCGCACAUCGGCCGACAGCGUAUAUGCCAUCGGUGAGAUUGCCCUCUACAACAAUUUCAUUUACGGUCUGAUUGCUCCUGGUUACGAAAUGGCCGCCGUCGCCUCCAAGAUUGUCGCCAAGGAUUUGCUUCAGAACGCACCCGAGGAGGAAGAAGAGCCAGGAUUUUACGGCGCCGACAUGUCUACCAAAUUGAAGCUCCUAGGUUGCGACGUUGCCUCCUUUGGGGUCAACCAACCGAAGCCGGACGACGAAGACGUCCAAGAAUUGGUAUGGAACGAUCCUUUUGUCGGAGUCUACCGCAAAUUGAUCUUCAACAAGGCCGGUACUGCCUUGAGGGGUGGAAUCAUGGUUGGCGACGCCUCCGAUUACGACAAGCUGCACAAACUUGCCGUCAGUGCCGAGUAUGACGGUGGUCCUGCACCACUUCCAGAAGGAGUUACUGCAUCCAUGCUUCUGACUCCACCUUCGGCAAGAUCCGAUUCGGAGGAAGAAGAGGAUGCUGAUUUGAGCGACCCCAAUGCCCAGGUGUGCUCCUGUAACGACGUCAACGUCGGGCAGCUGAAGAGUGCUAUUCACGAACUCGGUGUCGAGGAGGCAACCUUGCCUGCUGUCAAGAAGUGUUCCAAGGCCGGUACUGGAUGUGGCGGAUGCGAACCUCUGGUCAAGAAAUUCCUAGUCGCCGAAUUGGAGAGCAUGGGAGGUAAAUUGAACAACAAUAUCUGCGAGCACUUUGAUUAUUCCCGCCAAGAACUCAUGGCACUUAUUCGAUUGGAAGAAGAUCCCGAGAAAGUGGAUAGCUUCCAAAAGAUUCUUGACAGCUAUGGGAGUGCAAUCGCUCACGAACACGGAGACGGAUGCGAGACUUGCAAGCCAGCGGUUGCAUCCAUUUUGUCUUCACUACAGAACAAGCUCAUCAUGAGACCAGAGCUCAUCCAGAACCUCGAUACCAAUGAUCGCGCCCUGGCUAACAUGCAACGUGGAGGAACCUACUCGGUUGUUCCCCGAGUCCCAGGUGGUGAAUUGACCCCCGAACAGCUCAUCGCACUCGGCGAGGUUGCCAAGAAAUACAAUUUGUACUGCAAGAUUACCGGCGGCCAGCGAGUCGAUCUAUUUGGUGCGGCCAAACACGAAUUGCCCGAUAUUUGGGAAGAGCUUGGAGCCGCUGGGUUCGAAAGCGGUCACGCCUACGGAAAAGCGCUGCGUACCGUUAAAUCAUGUGUCGGAUCGACCUGGUGCCGAUACGGUGUCCAAGAUUCUGUCAGUUUUGCCGUAAAGGUCGAAAACAGAUACAAGGGAAUUCGAGCUCCACACAAGAUAAAGUCGGGAGUGAGUGGAUGUGCCCGAGAAUGUGCCGAGGCGGUUGGGAAAGAUUUUGGAAUGAUUGCUACCGAGAAUGGAUACAAUCUGUAUGUCGGAGGAAAUGGAGGAGCAACUCCCGUCCAUGCCGAAUUGCUUGCGGCCGAUAUCGACGAAGAAACCGUCAUCAAGUACUUGGAUCGCUAUUUGAUGUACUACAUCUUGACCGCCGACAAGUUGGAACGUACGGCCCAUUGGCAAAAGAAGUUACCGUCUGGAGUUAAUGGUGGUGGACCCAUCGAGCACUUGAAGGAGGUUAUCAUCGAAGAUUCUAUGGGAAUUUGCGAAGAAUUGGACAAACGAAUGGAGUUGUUGGUGGAAACCUACCACGACGAAUGGGUGAGUAAAAAUCUAUCUUUAGUGAUUGUAAUCAAGUUCACGAACUGUGACUUGUUUGCUAACGUUUCGGUUGUCGCUUGUUGAAACCUUUAUAGGCUGAGGUCGUCAAGGACCCCGAGUUGCGUAAAUUGUACCAGCAGUUUGCCAAUACCGAGGAAAACAUUGAGAAGCACGACAUGCUGGAAUUCGUCGAUAUGCGUGGCCAGCUCCGCCCCGCGGAUUGGCCCAAGGACGGACAACCCCAAACCAAUUGGGAAGCUCCCGCCAACGAUAUUUUCGCCAACUCCGAGAAGAGCUGGGUGGAUGUCGGAGAUGUUAAGGAAUUCCUACCAAACAUCGGGACUUCCAUCCUUUAUGGAGAUUCUCAAUUGGCAAUCUUCAAUAACGAAGCGCGUGGGGAAUGGUAUGCUACCCAAAACAUGUGCCCGCACAAGCAAGCCUUUGUCUUGUCACAGGGUAUCGUUGGUGACAAAGAAGGAACUCCCAAGGUCGCCUGCCCGUUGCACAAGAAGCAAUUCAGCCUGGAAACCGGCGAGGGAAUCGGCGAUGAACCGCUCAACAUCUUGACCUUCCCGAUCAAGAUCGAAAGCGGCCGUGUGCUAACGGAAUUGCCCGCGAUCCCCGAGCUCGAUGCCAUUCUCGGAACAAAUGGGCUUCGCGUCCAAAAGUCCGACUGCAUCGAUAUCGCCGGCGACGCUGCAUCCCUGAUGAAAUCCAUCAAGCCCAAUCUGUUCCCCAGCAAGAACGCCACCUCCGUCGGAGAUUCUAUCAAUGCUUAAGUGAAAGGGAAAACAGGAAUCAUACAUCGAUUUUGGCGGAAACAAUACGAAAGAGGAGCACGAUGUGAAGGUACUAAGCUCUCUAUCAGCAAAUGCAUACUUCUCCAGAUACCGCGCAUUAUACAAUUUUACAAU